GGUGUCCGAAGACACUGUUGGUUUAAUGUACUUAAAAUCCACAUUUAAGCAGCAAUAUACUCUCGGUGGGUUGCCUGCCAUCCCCCAUCUACAAUCUCCGAGAGGUGGCGAUCGAAAUCUGACAAAACUUGGUCCUAACUGGAUUUGAACUCGGUUCUCCAGCUCACUAGACCAGCGCAUAUCUCUCUGCGCCACGAUCGCCACACUCUCGAUCGGUGCUGUUUGGAAUUAAGUAGUUGCCUACGGUUAUGUAGCAGUGUGUAGGAGAUAAAUUUGAGGUUAUCUACGAAUCACGUUUACGAAGAUUGUGGAAGAUUGCGAAUGGUUGCGAACGUGGUUGCGAGUGAAUCGCCGAUUGAAAAACAAGGAGUAUCAUGUUUGACAUAUGGCUUGAUUUAUUGUGCGACGCUUCGAGUAAAGAAAACAUGAACUCGACAAUGUUCCUAAAGAUAUAAUCGUGCAAUAAAUAUAAAGUAUACUGAUACUUGCAUCAGAUGUUUCUGCAUUUUCCUUGCGAGCAACGCUCUGUUGAAAGUUUUGAACUCGUGACAUCCCAUAGAAGAUUUCACAAGUUAUCCUUAUAGUUGCUUAAAUCGCAAACGUAGUAUUGUCAAAAACUACAUUUAUUUCGAUACCAUAUAAACAUCUUUUUUAAAAAGUCAACCAUCGCUAGAUGGACCUGGAUGAACUGCAAAUUUUUGCAUGAAAACAUUGAAUAUAACCUUAAAACCCCCCGUUGCAUCAGUUGCAUGUUAUUGCUUAUUAUUACGGAGCAGUGCGGAGCAGUCAAUCUGUCAGAGGACCGGCGUUGUAUCAUAUCGUAUUUUCCGAAGAAUUGUUUACAAUUGUGAAAAAUGGUGGUAAGGCAAUAUCAGGAGGAGCUUAAAUAUUUGGAGAAAAUAAAUGAAUGUUGUUGGAGAAUCAAAAAAGGCUUUCAACCUAACAUGAAGGUUGAAGGAGUGUUUUAUGUGAACAACACGUUGGAACGUUUGAUGUUUGACGAGUUGCGCAAUGCAUGUCGACCAGGUGCAGUCGGAGGUUUCCUUCCUGGGAUGAAACAGAUUGCUAAUGUGGCAGCUCUGCCUGGAAUUGUAUGGAGAUCUGUCGGUUUACCAGAUGUACACUCUGGAUAUGGCUUUGCUAUUGGUAAUAUGGCAGCAUUCGACAUGGAUGAUCCAAAAUCAAUUGUAUCGCCUGGUGGUGUGGGCUUUGAUAUUAAUUGUGGUGUCCGUCUAUUACGUACAAAUUUAUUCGAGAAAGACGUUUUACCAGUAAAAGAGCAACUUGCGCAAAGCAUGUUUGAUCACAUCCCAGUUGGCGUUGGAUCUAAAGGAAUUAUACCCAUGAAUGCACGAGAUUUAGAGGAAGCUUUAGAAAUGGGAAUGGAUUGGUCUUUGCGAGAAGGUUACAUUUGGGCUGAGGACAAAGAACAUUGUGAGGAAUAUGGAAGGAUGCUUAAUGCCGAUCCAUCAAAAGUAUCAAUGAGAGCUAAGAAACGCGGACUUCCUCAAUUAGGUACAUUAGGAGCUGGGAACCAUUAUGCGGAGAUUCAAGUUGUAGAUGAAAUCUAUGAUAAGUGGGCAGCAUGUAAAAUGGGCAUUGAAGAGAAAGGACAAAUUUGUGUUAUGAUCCAUUCGGGCAGCAGAGGAUUUGGUCAUCAAGUUGCUACAGAUGCCCUUGUACAAAUGGAAAAAGCUAUGAAGCGUGACAAUAUUGAAACCAAUGACAGGCAGCUUGCAUGUGCUCAUAUUAAAUCUCAAGAAGGUCAAGAUUAUUUAAAAGCGAUGGCAGCUGCUGCCAAUUUUGCGUGGGUUAACAGGAGUUCCAUGACAUUCCUUAGCCGACAGGCAUUUGCAAAACAAUUCAACUCAUCUCCCGAUGAUUUAGAUAUGCAUGUCAUUUAUGAUGUGUCUCAUAAUAUUGCCAAAAUAGAAGAACACAUAGUUGAAGGAAAACAGAAGACACUUUUAGUUCAUAGAAAGGGAUCAACAAGAGCCUUUCCACCGCAUCAUCCUUUGAUUCCUGUAGAUUAUCAGUUAACAGGCCAACCAGUUUUAAUCGGUGGUACAAUGGGUACAUGCAGUUAUGUUUUAACUGGUACGGAACAGGGUAUGAAAGAAACGUUUGGGUCAACAUGCCAUGGUGCUGGUCGUGCUCUCUCAAGAGCGAAAUCACGUAGAAACUUGGAUUAUAUGCAAGUUCUGAACAAAUUGGAAGAGUUAGGCAUAUCUAUUCGGGUUGCUUCACCGAAAUUAGUCAUGGAGGAAGCACCGGAGUCCUAUAAAAAUGUGACAGAUGUUGUUAAUACUUGCCACGCAGCUGGAAUUUCCAAGAAAUGCAUUAAAUUACGACCAAUCGCAGUUAUUAAAGGAUAAUAUACAACAAAAUAUUUUCACUAUUCUUUUUAUGAAUAGCGUACAGCAAAUGCAUUUGUCAAAUAAUGUUAGAGUUAAGAUAUCGGCCAAUAAAACUCAAAUUACAUGUAAAAUUAUUUAUAUAACAUUACAUUUGUUACAAAUUGUAUAAAAUAUGUACUUCGCGAUAUAAAAUU